AUGUUGGAAAAUUUUUCUGAUAAAAGAUAUUUUCCUAUCAUUGAUGAAACCAUUCAAAAGGCUCAAAAGAUUACCAAAUUCAUAUACAACCAUGGCAAGAUUUUAGCUUUGAUGAGAAGCGACUUCACUAAUGGUAGGGAUUUGAUUCGUCCAGCCAUCACAAGGUUUGCAACUGAGUUUUUAAGUCUUCAAUGCUUGACUAAGUUCAAGAAAGAACUUAGGCAAAUGUUUACUUGUGAUCAAUGGGUCGAAUCUCGACAUGCUAGAGAUGUCAUGGGAAAGGAGGUGGCUGCAAUUGUUUUGGAAGAUAGAGAGGUUUGGUUACAAUGUCAACAAAUAGUGAAGAUUAGUGAGCCUUUGAUUAGAGUACUAUGUCUUGUAGAUGGGGAUGAAAAACCAUCAAUGGGAUACUUGUAUGAGGCAAUGGAUAAAGCAAAGGAGAAUAUAAAAGCAAGGUUGAAGAAUAAAAUUUCUGCAUAUAUACCAUUUACUAGUGUCAUUGAUGCUAGAUGGGAUAAACAACUCCAUAGUCCAUUGCAUGCAGCAGGUUGUUAUCUUAACCCUGGAAUCUUCUUUAGGCUGUCAUUUAAGAAGCAAAAAGAUGUUACAAAAGGCCUACUUAGUACCAUUACAAGGCUGGUUUCUGAUCCUGAUGAGCAAAAUAUUCUUAGUUCUCAAAAUGAAUCAUACAAAAAGUCUUUAGUUGCUUGGUGGGAGCAAUUUGGAAAUGACACUCCGGAAUUACAAAAGUUUGCAAUUCGAGUGCUAAGUCAGUGUUGUAGUGCAAUUGGUUGUGAAAGAGCUUGGAGCACAUUUGAGUUUGUCCAUUCCAAGAGGAGAAAUAGGCUUGAGCAUAAACGUUUGAAUGACUUGGUGUAUGUUCGGUAUAAUCUAUUGUUACGAGAAAGGAACAUUAGAAGGACAAAGGAUUACUUGGAUCCUAUAAGCCUUGAUAAUAUUGAUUUAAUGGAGGAUUGGGAUAGCAUUGAAGAACCAUUAGCAACAAUGACUUUAGAAGAUGAUAAUGAUGAUGAUGAUGAUGAUGAUGAUGUUGUUCUUGAUGAGGAAGAUGGUGAAAAUGAUGUUGUGUUGACAGAUGCUAAUACUCAUGUGUAUUAUGGUCCUGAUGUAGAUCCUUUUGAAGGAUGGGAGUAG